AUGUUUGUCCACUUGAGACGCGGCCUCGACGCCCCCCACACUUUCGGCCGCGGGGGUGCUCUCAGCAAUGAAUUGGAUCAGAUGGAUGCACAUGCACUGAUAUUGGCAAUUGAUGGGUUAUUAAGCGUCAUACUCGACGCUUAUUCGUCCUUCAACGGCAUCACGCCCGAGCACGCCAUAGCAUAUCAAGCUGCUAGGGACGACAUGGUCCACGAUCCUCCUGGGAAAUGGGAAAAAAGCUCCACAGAUGAUGAUGAUGAAAAGUACCUUAAGGCCGGAUCGUCAUGGACUCAUCUUACACCCGAAGACAUUACAUCCCUCCGAGGCCCCCACACACCACACCCUCCUGCACCUGCACCUGCAUAG